ACAAGUCUGUUAUAUUUGGACAGACAUUGUCGAACGUACCGUCGUCGCAACUGCACGCGCACUAUAUUAUUUAAAAAAACGAUUCAUUAAAUACAUCGUAUUGUAAUAUAAUAUUUUAAACUUUUAACUCGUGYGGCUAAUCGAAUUCACGUCCAACAUGUUUAACUUGGGAGGAGCGAUGAAAAAUAUUACAGCAAAAGCUGAAGAAUUAGUAGAGGAAAAGAAACAUGCUGCAACUUCACUUCUUGAAAAACAAACUUCUAAACAUGAUAUUGGUGGUGGUGGUUUAUUAGGUGGAGUUAAGAACUCAAUUGGUCAUGUUGCUAAUAAAGUGGAGCAUAAUAUCGAGGGUUCGAUGCACAAAUUAGAAGGCGCAGCAAGUGCGGUAACCCAUAAAUUAGAUGAUUCAGUUGUUGGUAAGGUAGCGCAUUCGGUAGGUGAUAAAGCUCAUCAAGUGACUGAUAAAGUCCACGAAGCGGCCGAUGGGGUUAUUCACACUGUGGAGGGAGUCAAAAGUACGGUAAAAGAAGUCGGCAACGCGGUUAAAGGAGUCUCCAGUAUGAUUCAAAGCACUACCAACGGAAUGGUAAAUACAGCACAAGGGAUGGUUAACACGCUAGGYGUUAUAGCUGGAGGRAUGUCCAACGCAAUGGGUAGUAUGACCAACGGUAUAAACGGCAUGCUUAAYGGAAGUAUCGCUGCUUCGAGGAUUGCUAUUUUGUUAGCGACCAAGGUCGUACCUGUGGCCACGACCGUUCUCAACCAGACGUCUAAAGCCACAGGACUUAUAUUUGGCAGAGUGGUGCCCAAGUUUGUUGAUCGGGUCUCUAACUGUGUAAUACAAUAAGCACAUUAACACGGUGGUACGGAUUUGAAAUCAAUAAUGGUUGAAUCUAURAUAUGUAYCUAUUCGAAUUGCCAAGAAAGAUAYAUUUUAUGAUGUUUAUGAUCUGUAUAAUCUUUAAAAUAUAAUGCUCUACUCACAUAAAAUUWAAAAAAAUAUUAUCCUAUAAUAUUAAARAAACAAGCUUAUUACAAUAUCAUGUAUCUACAGAUUUGAAAGUCCAAAACUAUAAAGGUGGUAUAAAUGUGUUAAACGAUUUUGUUUUUURUUUAUU